AUGGCUGCUGCUCAUCUUCUCCGUGCCUCCUCCUCGAGAGCCAGCGUCCUCUUCGUGAUUGUAGCUGUGUUUGCCGGGUUUUCCGUGGCCUCCGCAGGGAUUCGCCUCCCAGGUUCCCAGGAGAGAAGUUCGCGUUUGCCACCUCUUUCCAAUGUGUCCUGUCCGAACGAGACGAAGGGAUGCCUUGGUUUUUCUCUUCGCUGAUAGGUUUCUUCAUCCCCUUGUGUUCAGGCCUGGAUGAGGAAGGCAGGGAAGCCGGGAGAGACGAGCUCUUCGCGGAGACCCUAAGGGAUGAAGCGGUGGCUAGACUCUACGAACUUGGGAAGGUAUAGGUGGUGGCUGAUAUUUUUCCCCGUGUUUUCUAUUCUCCUUUUUAACAGUUGUAAAUGUGUUUAGAAGUGUUGACAUUUGUUGUUGUGAUUGCUGCACGAACAAGAGAUUCAAGGAUUUGUUUUCUGUUUAUAUAUUUUUUGAGUUCCACAAAACUCUUUUCUCCCUCGGAUGUACGUUGCAGAAAGCUAUAAUUGAGUUACCUUUCUGUUAUGCGUAUAGAAGCUGAGAUUAAUCUGUUUUUGGUUCUGUUCAUAGCUGUUUCGAACUCGAAAAUUUUGUUUUCGUUUGCUGUUUUUUAUCUUAUAUAACGUUUCUGUGUGAAAACUUGUACCAGCUUUGUUUCAUCCUAUUGCACGAGCAGAACAGUGGCAUCUAAGAAAACAGGAUCCAUUUGAGUUACGUUAUAAGGAAACAGACGAGCGAUAGAUCUCUGUCUUGUAUAAGAUUAUUCCACUCAAUUAAAGAUUGGGUAAAGAUAGGAAUGCUCAUGAGUAUGUGAUUCUUUCUUUGAGAAAGAUUACCAGGACAACGUGCUGUGGGGAUCUUUCCCAUUGAUAAUGGGGAGGACAUAUAGCAAAAAUAAGAUUUUAAAUCAUUUUUUCUGCCUUCGGCUUGGAUAACUUAUUCUCACGGAUCUCCAAGUUGCAAAAGGUGACUUGCCUGAUUCCGUUCAUCUCUGUCAAUUGAUCUUCUGUCUGCACAAAUUUGAUAGCCUUUUCAUUUAUCACUGAGAUGAUUCUCUGUGAAGAUGCAUUCAAGGUUCUUUUUAAUCGGCUUAAAAUAUAUGUAUCUCGAGAAGAUCAAUUCCGAAUAAAUAACACCAAGAAGCAUCAUCUCUAUUUGGAUCUUUAGUCUACCUAGAUUUAGAAAUGUAAACCAAAAGAAAUUCCCUCAAGAAAAGAGCUUGGCAAACUUUUCUUAAUUAUUUAUUAAUCAAAUGGAAGCCAAAUUUUGCAAACCAGCCAAACAUUCGACCUUUAUAAAUAUAUUUUUUUUUAAAAUCAUUUUUCCUAUGUUGUGUGGGUAUUUACUUCAACUUUUAUCUCACUGGGUAGGCGUGGCUUAUUGCUUGCGCAUCUCUUUCCUCUUUUUAUUUUUCACCCAGGAGCUGUGGUGAGAAAAUGUUUUUUUACCAUCCGAUGCGGUCCAGCUGCGAUCACAACAUUUUUUUAAAUCGUGGCCGUAGUUUUUGAGGUUAAUAUACAUUCGAACGAUUUUGAACCUUUCUGAGCUGCCGAAGUUGUAGCUUGAAUCUGGAAUUCUCUCUACCUUUUGUCCUUGUUCACUGUCCUUCCAUAUGUUCCCGCAGGGUUUCUCUCUCAGUUGUGUUGGAUUUUAUUUCUAUUUGAGGGGAGGCGAAAUGUUAUUAAUUCACCGUACCGCUGUCGAUAGAGCAUUCUAAUUUGAGAUCCCAUUUAUGACUUUACGAAAAUUGUUUGGUCGAUAUAUGCUUGCGGAUAAGUUCCUGUUUUCGUCCAUAAUUGCCCUCGAAUCACCGACUAGACCAGUUCAAAGUUAUGCCCUGUUUAACUCUCAAUGCCUCUUUUCUUCUCUCACUGCUACCAUUCUUGUAGAAAUCAUUCAAAUUUAGCAGAGAUUGGUCAGCAUGUGACUGUCUACCAUAAGUCUUAUUAUUAAAUAAAGUAAACAUGAUCACACUAUGUCAUCUUUUUUUUACAAAACUGAGUUAAUCAUUCCUAAAUGUGCCACUGCUGCAGGUCGUUUCUCUAUUUCUUCCCGCUGAGUUAAUAGCUUAUAAUGUGAAAUAAAUUAGAUAGUAAUAAUACAUUUUGACUUUUUUAAUCUCUUCAUUUCAGGUGACAGAUGCUGAUGGUCACCUCGAGAGGACAUUCUUGAGUCCAGCGUUUACUCGAGCUAGCAAGCAAGUUCUUGAUUGGAUGAAGGAUGCUGGUCUUAAAACGUUUGUUAUCCGGCAAGCUUUUCUUUCCUUUUUCUUCAUUUUUGAUAGCCAGAACUUAAAUACAAUAAUUGUUCCUCUAGAUGGGUGGAUCAAAUGGGCAACGUACAUGGGCGAGUUGAUGGUAGGAAUGCAAGUGCGGAAGCCCUAUUAAUUGGUUCUCACAUUGUAAAUAGUCACUAUUUCUCAUUCUCUCCUUUGAAUUCAGCGUGUGAGAAAUUUCCAACAUUUUGAUGGUUAAAAACUUUACGGUUGAAACAGGACACAGUAAUUGAUGCCGGAUUUUACGAUGGGACAUUAGGCGUGAUCUCAGCAAUAGCUGCGGUCAAAGCAUUGAUGAAGAAGGGGAGGCUGAACGACCUGAAACGCCCAGUGGAGGUAUUAAAAAUCUCCCUAAAACUUUCUUGCUUAUAGACAAUAAUCAGUUAAGAACUAUCCUAAAUGAUCAGCAAAUCGUGAUGAAAGUAAUUAGAACGAUGUAGUGAAAGUUCUGCAGUGAAUCUUUAACCGUUCUUGACUGUGUGCUCUCUUACACUGCUCGUUUUUCUAGAAGCUCUGUGGGAGAAACUUACUGUAUUUUUAAUAUCAAAACCAUAUAAAAGAUUAGCACUACCUUCAUGCUGAUCUUCAAAUUUCAUCACGGUUGUAAGGCUGUAUAUAGCAGCUUCUCACUUCGUUUCCUCGAACAAUUGCAGUUAUUUUGAUAUCAUUGUUGAAACAUGAAAAAUCAAAAGCCCAAUGGUCAGGAAUGAUGAGACAUUCUAAGAAUAUGUAGAAAUAACGGAGUGUUUUCUGUCUUUCAAUCACUUCCGGAAAAAUGAGCAGACAUCUUUAAUGUCCACUGGCCGACAACCUGGAUCAUUAUCACUCUGCCAUCGUUUUUUUUUUUCCUUUAAAAAUGGCUCCAACACUGAUCUUAAUACCUUGUGUAUCUGCGUUGAAUCCUUCCCGAACUUGACAGGUCAUUGCCUUCAGUGACGAGGAAGGCGUCAGGUUCCAAUCCACGUUCCUAGGGAGCUCUGCCGUCGCUGGUAUUCUACCUGCCAAGGCGUUCGAAAUAUCCGACAAGAGGUUAGCCCUUGUGGGCAUCAUCAUUUUCCACCUUCUCCAUUUCAAAUAAAAAUAAAAAUAAAAAAUCUUAUUUCUUCUAUACCUCCACCGAAUCCCUUCCAGUGGUGCCACUCUCCGGGAUGUUCUCAAGGCCAACUCCUUGGAAGCCACAGAGGAGAGUCUCAUCCAGCUCAAGUACGACCCAAGCUCGGUCUGGGGUUAUGUGGAGGUAAAUCACGCUCUCUAAUCUUGAAUGGAGACGACGGAUUGAAAAGUGGGCGCAAAAGAAAAAAAGGUUUUAUCUUUUUUUUAUUAAUCUAAAGACGAACCCACGUGCUGUUUCCGCAGGUCCACAUUGAACAGGGCCCAGUGCUGGAGUUUCUCGGUUAUCCUCUUGGAGUCGUCAAAGGCAUAGCCGGCCAGACACGACUAAAGGUCAUUCUUUUCUGGGAUCGUUAUUUCCUCUAGUGACGUCAUUUUUACGCUAUCUCCUCGUCAUCAUCUUCAUGUCCAGAUUACACUACACCGCAUGAAUAGCGGCGGCUUCUUCUUCUUCUUCUUCUUCUUCUUCUUCUGCUGAUGAUGAUGAUGAUGAGAAGUUUGUGGCGGUGGGUUUUUACAGGUGACGGUGGGAGGCUCGCAGGGGCACGCGGGGACGAUCCCCAUGGCCAUGCGGCAGGACCCCAUGGCGGCCUCCGCCGAGCUCAUCCUCUUCCUGGAAACCCUCUGCAAAUCUCCAGCCAAGUUCCUGAACCGCAGAGAACAGUGCCGCUCCCUCUCCGGCGACUCCAUCGACGGCCUCGUCUGCACCGUCGGAGAUAUCUCCAUCUGGCCCGGCGCCAGCAACGUCAUCCCCGGCCAGGCACCACCCUCCCUCCUCAUCCUCUUCCACCAUCUACUGUAAUGUCUAAUCCUGAAUGAAGUGAUGGAUUGUAUUGCUUAUCUGGUCUUUUCUUUUGUCUUACAGGUGACCUUCUCCGUCGACCUGCGAGCCAUAGACGACGAGGCCCGCGAGGCCGUGAUCUUCGAAUUCUCCGAGCAGCUGUACGAGAUUUGCGACCGGCGGUCGGUUCUCUGCACCGUCGAGCAGAAGGUCGGUCCGCCCUCAUCUUCCUCUCAAUGAAUCUCAUCCUCCACUAAUAUAUGUAUAGAGAGAUAAGUCUAAAUCCAGUUCGCUCGAUUGCGGUUAAAAAUAUUGCAGCACAGCGCUGGAGCAGUCCGCUGCGACCCAGCUCUGUCGUCGCAUCUCGAGUGGGCAGCUCGCACGGCGGCGCGCGAGAUCUCCGGCGGCUUCACCCAAACCCAAGCUCCCGUCAUGAUGAGCGGCGCCGGGCACGACGCCAUGGCCAUGUCUCACCUCACCAAGGUUCCUCCUCUUCCUCUUCCUCCUCUCUCCUCUAUACAUCUUCCUUCAUCCCCACCCCUCUAUACAUCCUCCUUCCUCAUCUUCCUCUCCACUCCUCUAUAAAGCUUCCUUCUUCCUCUUCCUCUUCCUCUUCACUCUAUACGUCCUCCUUCAUUUUCCUCACUCUCCUCUAUAAAGCUUCCUUCUUCCUCUUCCUCCUUCCUCCCUCCCCCUCUAAAAUUGGCAUGAAGGGCUGACGGAGGAUUUUGGGCGGCGGCCAGGUGGGGAUGCUGUUCGUCCGGUGCCGCGGUGGGGUGAGCCACUCGCCGGAGGAGUACGUGCUUGAGGAGGACGUCUGGGCCGCUGGCUUGGCCAUCAUGAACUUCCUCGAAUCCCUGUAA